AUGGUGCCAAAAUUGGUUAAUGAUAAAAGAUAUAAAUUCUUUCGUCAGUUUUCUAAAGGCCAUAGAGAUUUUUGGAAUGAGGAAACCAGAGGCAGAAAGGAUGCGAUCAGGGGUUAUUACAAGCUAAAGGAUUCUGUUAGAUAUUAUUCUAAUAGCUCCAACACAGACAAUGAUGUUCAAUACGGAGAACCAAAUGUAACCUCAAGUUUAUUGACGGGCAAUAAUGGGGUGGCACAAGCUUACGGUGAUUCGUUACUUGAAAGGAGAAGGUUCGAAAACAGAGUGCCUCCGUAUUCGCCCGAGGAUGAAAAUGAUGACGAGAAAGGGAAUGACGAUAAGGAAAAUGAAGAGGAAGAAAAUGAAAACUGUGAUGAAGAAAUCGAGCAGCAAAAAAUGAUAACAGCCGAUCCUAUCUCAGGGGUCGAAACAUACGAGCCAAAUAAAGAAAUACCAGUUAAUACAAAGAAGGGAUUUGAACAGAAGAUCAGUAUAAAAUCCGAGAAAAACGGUAAUUCCAUCAUUUCUUUCAACUUUGAUGAUGGGGAGAAUCAACAGGGUGAGGACACGGCAGAAUUCAAAGGUCCAGGUGCUAAAUUAACAAAAGAUGAGGAGCAAAAGCUCGACGAGCUUUUUGGCACUGAGCCAAAAGUGGCUCCACGAAAGAAGAUAAGACGUAGAAAGAAAGGACAUGCCUUCAAGCUUAGGAAUAAGAAGAAGAAAAUUUACAAGUCGCAAAGGGAAAGAAAAUACAAAAUGAGGGAUGCCGAGAAGAAUUCGGGAGGCCCCUUGGCCCAGGCAAAGAGAAUGCUAUUUGGCUAA